AUGGCUGGUGUGAAAGCGUUCCUUAAUAUCAGUCUUGAAGUUAUAGACACGAAUGAUCCUCCGACGGAUGUAUUGGUCAAUGGUUUAAAGAAAUUGGAUAUAGAUGUUCCAGAGAAUGAAAUAAAUUAUCGAGUUGGUGAUCUCUCGGCUGUAGAUGAUGACGAACAAGAUAAACACGUUUUUAAUCUUGUGCAGUCAGCAAAUGACAUGUUUUUGCUUGAAGGAAAUAUUCUUAAGACUUCAAAAACAGACAAGAUUGACUUUGAACGACAGGAGAGCUACAAUCUUGUUAUAUCAGUAGCUGACGACGGAGAACCUAGACAAACAUCAUAUUUUGACAUAGUUGUUAAUGUUGUUGAUGUUAAUGAAUCACCAACCAUUACGAUGCUGUCAAACAACAAGAUAUCAGAGAAAAGUGCUGAAGGUACAGUAGUUGGUGAAUUAACAACAAUAGAUCCUGAUAAUUUGGUGGCUGAAAAACAAACAUUUACAUAUUCUUUAUCUGAUGAUUCUCACGGGAGAUUUCAAUUAAACGGAAAUUUGUUAGAGGUUCGAAAGUCCACACAGCGUUGUGGUGUUCAUUAUUGUGUCCUUGACUUUGAGAAAGAGAAUCGUGUUAUGGUCAAAGUAAUUACAUUAGACGACGGUAAACCAGUGAUGCAAAGAGAAGACAGAUUUACACUUGAAAUUGAAGACACAAAUGAUGCCCCUACUGAUAUUACUAUUGAUACAAAUGUAAUAAAAGAAAACCAGCCACCUGGAACGUAUAUAGGUACCAUUAGUGCACUAGAUGACGACGGUACUAUCAUAACAUAUGCAAUUCAGAAUAAUGCAGAAGUAUUUGAGAUUCAAAACAAUAAAUUGUAUACAUUGGUUGAACUUAAUUAUGAAAGGUUAAACAAUUUUGGACUUAUGGUAUUGGCUAAGGAUAAUGGUGUUCCAGAGGGAAAGCCUCUCUCUGGAGCAACAGAUUGUACAGUGGAUUUAAUACUGAUAUCUUUGUUAGACAUCAACAAAAUACAAACGUUCAGCAUAUCUUUAAUCGUCUCUGACAAGGCUGGCCUGGCUGCUUCUGAAGAUAUUAUUGUAAACGUUCUGGAUGUUAACGUCCGACCAACGGAUAUACUUCUGGAUGGUAUAUCUACAGAUGAGAUAUAUGUUCAGGAAAACACAAAAGGUUCAGUCAUAGCACUUUUAUCUGCAUCUGACAGAGAUCCUAAAGAUAAUCAUACUUUCAUGAUAGUCUCGGACAAUAAUACAUACUUUCAAAUCGAUGGCAAACUAUUAAAGACACUACCAGCCGCUAAUAUUGACUAUGAAGCUAUGUCUGAUAAUUUGACACUAACCAUAGAGGUCGUUGAUUCUGGUGAACCUCCGCUUUCAUUUCGGAAAACCUUUACAAUCAUCACUGAAGAUGUGAACGAAGUACCGUCUGCUUUGAUACUGUCUUCUUAUCAGAUUGCAGAGAAUUCAUUAACAGGCUCAGUGAUCGGAACCAUUGAUGUAACAGACCCGGAUAGAAAUCAGUCACACAACUUAAGAUUAGUAAAUGAUUACCAGGGACGAUUCAUUCUUGAUGGAAACGUGCUUAAAGUUGGUGAUGGCGGUAGUAUGUGCACCCUAGAUAAUACAUUUAAAUGUAAACUUAAUCACGAGGACCAGUCCUUGUAUAAUUUAUCAGUUGAAGUAAAGGAUUCGGGUAUCCCGGCAUUAGUUGCUUUGUUCCAUGUGAUCAUUAAUGUCACAGAUGUCAAUGAGAAAUCAAGGAAUAUCAAAAUAAGUGAUAACAGGAUACCAAUAAAAGCCCCGAAAGAAACAUUGAUAGGAACUCUUUAUGCAGAUGAUGAAGAUAUAAAUCAGUCCCAUGCAUUUGAAGUUUUAGAGGAAUCUCAAUAUGUUGAUGUCAGCAGUUCUGGACUUGUCACAGUUAAAGAUGUCCAGAAUCUAAAUGAGGGAGAAAUCAUUUCGAUUUCUGUAAAAGCAAUGGACAAUGGUAGUCCACCAUUGUUUACAGAUGACAUUAUCCAGCUUGUGACUGUUGGUACAAAUAUGAUCAUUGUGACGUUAGAAGCUGUUGGUGAUACUGUGCAGCUUGCCAAUAACAGUAUACAAAUUAAAGAAAAUACCCCUUUGGGCGAUGUUUUUGCGCACAUGAUUGUGACAUUUCCUGAAACAGACCGGGAUAUAGAGACAAAACUGAUAUUUGGCACCGAGAUAAUUGAGGAUGGAUCAACAUCUUGCCAAAAUGUCGAUGGUGAAACAAUAUGUCUUCAUGAAAUCAAAUUGAGCAAUCCAGUAGAUUAUGAAGAAUUGAAAUGGAUUGACAUUACAUUUGAAACAAAUGCAGAUGGCGCUAAAUCGAUCGAUUCGUUUCGGAUAACAAUCAAGGACAUAAAUGAGGCACCAAUUUCUAUAACGUUCGGAAAUGGUGUGGUAACUGUUAGUGAGAAUUCUCAAAAUCAGUUUAUUGGUACGUUUUCUGUCUCCGAUCCAGAUAUGCAAGACCCUCACGUAUUCUCAAUUACGGGAAAUAACAACUUUGUCAUUACUAAUGAUGGUCGAUUAUUCACAUCAGCAGAUGCCGAAAUAGAUUACGAAUCUGUACAGUAUAUGACUAUUUCGAUUGUUGCUACAGACGCGGGCUUACUUACUUUUACGAAUAACUUCAAUAUAACUGUCCUAGAUGUAAAUGAGAUGCCAAUAAGUUUAAUAUUGGAUAAUAACAAGAUUCCCGAAAUGUCAUCAAGUGGAACUGAAGUUGGCAGUCUAAUCGUUAGUGAUCCAGAUUUUGACCAAAAUCAUUCUUUUACACUGCUUUCAGAAAUUGGAAGUCAUCUUUUCGAAAUUGUUGGGUCAAAACUUACGAUUGCAAAUAACGACUUGCAAUGUGAUAUAAAAGACCACAGCCGCUGCUUGCUAGAUUUUGAAAGACAAUCAGAAUAUAAUUUGACAAUACUUGUCAUGGAUUAUGGAACACCAACUCUGACAGCAACAUUCAUAAUAAACGUUCAAGUUACCGACGUCAAUGACGUUCCUAGAUCGGUAUCAAUAAGCUCGAACAAAGUGCCCGAAGACGCGGAGAUGGGAACAAUUGUUGCGAUCUUAAAUGCUAUUGAUGACGAUAUUGGACAGACAAUUACAUUUGCUAUUGGGAAUAAUGACUAUUUUAGUAUUAAAGAGAGACAAAUUAUGUUGACAAAUACAUUGAAUUAUGAAACUACUUCUGGUCAUAAUAUUUCUAUUUUCGUGACAGACGAUGGUGACCAACCAUCUACAGCUACACAAGAAUUUGUGAUACAAGUGAUUAAUGUAAAUGAACCUCCAUUUAACAUGAAUAUGUCUUCAACUGGCACAAGUGCUGAACAGUUCGAAAUUGACACACCUGUGAUAUCAGAGAAUCUACCGGCACUUACCUAUAUCGGACAGAUUGUUGUACUUGAUCCUGAUAAAUCAGACAAUCUUAAGAUCAAAAGUGUAACAAGUGACGCGGUUGUUAGAAAUGUGCAUUGUAUUCCUGUGUCAAAGGGUACCCGAUGCACUGCUGAUAUCAGAUCUGGUAGAGUUUUUGAUUUUGAAGAGGAGGGGAGAGUGCAAAUUUCAAUAAUAGCCAUUGAUAAUGACGGACUGUACAUACAGAAAGAUAUGGAUUUAGAAAUCAAAGAUUCGAAUGAUUCGCCAACGAAUAUUUACCUGAAUAAUACUGACACAUCAGAAUUGGUUGUAACGGAAAAUUCCAGGAACAUUAUUCUUGCAAAGCUUACUGUUGAAGACAUGGAAGACGUACAGCAUCACUCUUACACGCUAAGUGGCGACAGUUCAGUCUUACUCAUUUCCGGCGACGAAUUGUGGGUAACAGCUGCAGCAGUGUUAGAUUACGAGGCCAGAAAGGAGAUACAUUUUACAAUUAAAGUUACAGAUGACGGCAUGCCACAAGGAUAUUUUGAAAAGGACAUAAGUCUUAAAAUCAUCGACGUUAAUGAAGCUCCUAGUGGGCUGUAUAUUUCGGAUAACAUUAUUCCUGAAAAUGCCGAUGACGGUUAUGAAAUCGGAAGUUUUAUAGUAAAAGAUGAGGACAAUAUCAUCAGUAAUGAACAAGAUUUCACGUUUGAUUACGAAACCAAGAAACUGUAUGAAGAAGUGGUGAUUGUCACAGAUAGUGGCGUGCCAAACAUGUCGUCAACUUUUACACUGUCCUUUAAAAUUUCCGAUGUUAACGAGCCACCGGCACAUUUGGAAUUUGAAGGCAAAAGCGGCGUUCUUGAAAGUGCAAUGAUUGGUGAUAUAGUAGGAACUCUAUCGGCGCGAGAUCCAGACGAGUUGGAGAAGAAUUUUACAUUGUCAAUUAUUGAUGUUAACGAAGUUCCGACUGACAUAAUUGUCUACGACAAUUAUUUUAUGCAAAUUCAUGAAGGAAGUCUAACGACGGACCCAAUAGCAAAAAUUGAAAUACAUGAUCCCGAUGAAAUAGAACGAUUAGAAGCCGAAAUUGUGUAUGGUAAAGAAAUUUUCGUGUUGGUACCAGCUAGCCUGAACUGUUCAAAGAUACAUGAAGAAUAUUUAUCUGGAACAGUUUGUGUGACCAGUCUGUUUCUUAGAAAAAUGUUAGAUUUUGAGACGGAUCCUAAAAUGAUUGACCUGUCCAUAAAUAUACGUGACAAGGGCCGGUUGUCAUUGCAGAGGACAUUUACUUUUACUUUGAUGGACGAAAAUGAACUUCCAAAAGAUAUAAUUCUUAACUACGUUACAGACGUUGUACCAGAAAACACUCCAGGUUAUGUUAUAGGAACUCUAUCAACAAUCGAUGACGAUUCUGAUGAUUCGUUUCAAAAUUAUAACGAUGAGUUUAAAUAUGUCGUUGUUUCUGAUUGGAAUACAUUUACAGUUUCUGGCGACAAGCUUAUUGCAAAGUCAUCUCUUGAUUAUGAAACACAAGAUUUUUAUACGGUUUCCAUCCGAUCACAAGACACAUCUAAUUAUCCAAAAUUUUUGAUAAAAGAUUUCACUAUCGUGGUCGGCGAUAUUAAUGAAGAUCCAUCAAAGAUAGAAUUGCUACCUACACAGAUUGCAAAGAAAGCAGUCGCUGGAGAAAUAGUUGCUAAGAUACGAAUAACCGAUCCUGAUAACGAAGGAAGACCUAGAUUUCAAAAUCAUACAUGCGAUGUCGCACCAGCAGAUCAGUUUGAUAUAGACAACAUUGCAUUUGUUAUCAAGUUGAAAGUACCACUAUCAGGUGACGUUGAUAAUGUUCAAUUAACGGUCACGUGCACUGACACAGGAGUUCCGGCUCUUUCUUUGAAGACAGCUUUUGAUGUGUCAGUUGUUGAUAACGUUAAUGCUCCUAAAGACAUCCAGUUAAUUGAUGAUCAUGGAAGUGUAGAAAUAUUUGUCAACGAAAACUAUGCAGAUAUCGUAGUUGGAACUCUUUCGGUUAUAAAUGCAUUGACAAAUGGUAUCAUACAAAGUGAAGCUGCAUUUACCUUAUCUGCAGCAUCUCUUGAAUAUGUUUCAAUCGAUGCCAAGUCAUUACUACUGAUAAAAGCUUUAGACUUUGAGAGUCAGCCAGAAAUUGACAUCGAGAUUCCAGAAAACAGUCCAGUAAAUACUGUUCUUGGAACACUUUCAAUUGUUGACGAAGACAAAAAUUCCAAGCACCAGUGUGAGAUUCUUAACCUUAUCGACGUUCCAUUUAAGGUAUUAGCUGAUUAUCAGUUAGCAGUUGCAAUUGAUAUCCUGGACUACGAAACACAAAAGACUUAUAAUGUUAAGGUUUAUUGCGGAGAUACUCUUAAGGAUGGAAGUUCCGUGGGCAUAACAAAGAUGUUUAUUGUUAACGUCACAAAUGUGAACGAAGCUCCAACAGAUAUAUUGUUAUCAGAGCAAAGUAUUGAAGAAAAUAAUGUCAAAGGUCAAGUGAUAUCUGAAAUUUCAGUUGUUGAUUUAGAUAGCCAAAUAGUAAGUACAUCUGAUAUAUCUGUCUACAUCUCAAUUGAGGAUACGGAUGCUGCAGAUUACUUUCAAAUUCAAGACAAGUUUAGUGUUGUUGCUAAUGUUGUUUUUGAUUAUGAGACCAGAGUUUUCUAUAGCAUUGUUAUCAAGGCAGAAGAUGGGGAAGGUGAAGUCACAGUGAAAACAUUUGAGCUAGAGGUAAUAAACAUAAACGAAGCACCUUCAAAGAUCAUACUGGAUCACCUGGUAGCAUCUGAAAGUUCUGAACCUGGAAGCACAGUAGGUAGAUUCACAACUGAGGAUCCCGACAGAAAUCAGGAAUUCGUGUAUACAUUAAAUACUCUGAACGGAGGCUUUGAUAUAUACAAUAAUAUACUUGUUGUCGGUGCGACAGGAUUGGAUUUUGAAACAAUACCAUUUUAUAACAUUUCAGUGAUGUCUAUUGAUAAUGGAAUACCUCCAAAAUCUAUCGAACAACACUUCAUUAUCGAAAUAUUAGACGCAAAUGAUCCACCGGAUGAUAUUAUAAUAGACAGAUUCGUAAGCGUUCCAGAAAAUGCAGAAUUAAAUACUGUCAUAACAACCUUCAAGGUUGCUGACCAAGACACAGGUCAAAAGCAUGCAUGCAAUGUUCUAAAGGGUGAAGAUCUUAUUUCCGUGGCGACGGAAGGUAACGAAAUUCAGAAGAUGGUAGUAACAAGCAAACUAAACUACGAAGACGCUGACAAAGUCGAUGUCAUUCUAGCGUGUACAGAUGGAGAAUAUGAAGUCAGAAAGGAUUUUACAAUAAAUAUAACUGACGUAAAUGAAGCACCAACUUCCAUUAAAAUUACUGGUUCUAACACUAUAUAUGCCGAAGCACCUAUAGGUUAUGUAAUUGGCACAGUAACGGUAGAGGAUGAGGAUAUGGACCAAUCAUAUUCAUUCACACUCAGUGGGGAAGAUUCUGAUAUCUUAGAGAUUUCUGCAAAUAACGAACUGAUUUUAAAGAAAUUUAUUCCCGACGAAAGUAAAGAUACCAUGGACCCCAGUAUCACAUUCACAAUUUAUGUAGCAGACAAUGGCACACCGGUGCUAACAUACAUGCAGGCAUUUAGGUUACCAAUCACGGACGUGGAAGUUGAAUAUGAGGGUCUUCCUAUUAUAGAAAUAAGCUUUAUUAAACUGAAUUAUACAAGCAGAAAAGGAGAUGUUCUAGGACAGAUAUAUUCAACCAAUAUAAAUGUUUCUUCCAGCUAUCAAUUUAGUUUGGUAAAAAAUCCAAACGACAUAUUUUCUAUAGAGAAUAACGCUUUGAUCGUGUUAGCCACAAAUAUUGAAACGAUAGAUGAAACUUCGUUUGAGAUUCGUAUCCAAGUUGAGAAUGUUGAGACGCUAGAAAAAGAGACAAAAAACAUAAAAGUAUCCAUCAAUAAGUAUAAAGAUUGCCUUUUAUCGGAGAACAAAUGUAAAGGAAAUGAGACAUGCGUGGAACUAGAAACGCUAAACGUGUGUGAAUGUAUAGUUGACUUUAAACGUAAUUCAGAAGAAAUAUGCACAAAAAUUGACGAUUGUAAACUUGAUAGGGAAUUGAUAGAGAACCAAACUUCUCACAAAUGUUUAAAUGGAGGGACUUGUAUCGAUAGUAUUCAUAGUUACAACUGCAGCUGUACUGAUAGCUUUGAAGGUAUUCAUUGUGAAAAAGAGAAAGCAGGGUUUGAUGAUUGUAAUGUAAAUCCUUGUAUGAAUAACGGCUCAUGUGUACUUGAGACUAAUGCUUCAUUUUACCACUGUGCAUGUAAUACUGGCUGGACGGGAAUGUUAUGUGACGUCAAUGUCGAUGACUGUGUGGAUGCAACAUGUUUUCAUGGUGGCACGUGCAUUGACGAACAUUUAACCUUUUUAUGCAAAUGUGACGACGCAUGGAAAGGUCUGCGCUGUGAAUAUGACAGUGUAACGUGUAUAGAAAAAGAUUGUAACAUUUCCCAUGUGUGUGUUGGUUUUUCUAAUUCAAAUAAAACAUUAUGUCGCGAAAGGGAUAUAUAUUUAAUUAAAUUAGAAUUCACAAAAGUAACAACUUUUAAUAUACAAAUCUUUCAAGCACGAAUGGUAAGUUUCAUUUUAGAAAACGCGGAUCUAUCUGUACUACAUGUAAACAGUAAAAGACAAAAGCGAGAGACUUAUCUUGAGAAAUUGCAAAUAUACGUGACAGAUGCUGUAGAAAUUGGUGGUCAAUAUAUUAUACGUUUUGUCAUGAUAGACCUUGAUUCUGAGCCGUUAAAAAAAGACGAUGCGUUGACUAUUCUUACACAGAUAUGCAACGACACAGGUAGUGGAGAUGUCAACGGAGGUUUGUUUUGUCCAACGAUCAUACAAGCCUAUACCGACAUCAAUAGAAAACAAAUAAGGCCAAACUCUGGUUCUUCGGCAGGAGCGAUCAUAGGAAUUAUAUUUGGCGUCAUAUUCGUGCUUGUUUUAAUGGUGGUUGUCUAUUGGUUAUGGAAGAAAAAGAAAUUUAACACCGUCAAGCCAAUGAAUUCAGUUCAGAGUGGUGAAGAAGUACCUGAUAUAGGCUAUGCGUCCAUGCCAACGCAGAGCAGAGUGUUAAAUAACGACGAACCUAAUCUAGCUACCGGAGAACCAGCCUCGCCCUUGACAGUGAAGACUAAUUUGAUACAAGUCGCCCCUGCACCAGGUGACAUGACACAUGAGUCAGUUGUGUAGACGGAACAUCUGAGUGUGGAAAAACAGUUUUAUUUUUUAUAAAAAUUAUUAAGAGCAUGUUGAUGAUUAAGGAUAAUUUUUCUACUUAUUAAAUUUUGUUCUUUUUCUUAAUUCUGCAUUGAAAAGUGUGAGUAUUGUGAAACUUUGAAUGUGCAAAGUGUAUUGAAAUCCUAUGACCAAACUAGUUUUUCUAAUCCAAAAGUACAACGACUAAAAUCCUAACGCUGGGAGGGCAAAUACAAAGUAUGGAGAUCCAUGUAAAAAACAGUUUGACGUUGACAAUGAUUGUUGCGAAAUGUUUGCACAUUUGCAUAAACUAUUAGGUUUAUUUUACGUUUUCAUAAAUAACUUAUGGCAUUUUUAUGUUGUAUUCAGUGUGCAUUUGUAUGUACUUAAAAUUCAUUUCAUUUUCUUUCAUGAUUAUUCAUAUUUUUCUUCAGGGUAGCUAUUCUCACUUAUACGUAAAUAAGUGUUUGUACUUGUAUAGGAUCGACUGGAUGCUUGAAUUAAAAUGUAUAUUUGUAAACUAACGUACUGGUAUGUCACAGAAAAAGGACAAGAAUAUCGUGUUAGAUGGAACUUUACUUCCUGAACAGGUACAGAAAAAAAGGACAAACGACUAGUUAUUGGUUGAAGAUAGAAAUAGAAUGGUCUUGUUUUUAAAUCAGAUAAAAUCAGAAAUGAACAAUACAAAAUUCAUGCAGUAAUGCAGUAUUUUGUAAAGAGAGACAAAAAUGUACCCGGCUGUUAAGAUAGUAUUAUUGCUGCGCCUACUUUGAUAAUGUAGUUUUGUUUCAGGUCAGUACAUGUAAAGAAAAUGUCGUUAAAGGAAAUUUUGGUUGACCUUUGUAACAUUCUGUACUUCCCACGUGUCAACCAUUUUAAUACUUUUUCUUGUUUCUGAAAAUGUUGUUUUUUUAUUUUUUUUAACCAUAGUAAUGUAUUUUACAUCCAUAACACAAAUCGAAAGAACAUAAAAAUGCCUUUUUAUCAAACACAUUUUUGUUCACUUGUAGCUAUAUUUUUUGUGAUAAUUAUUAUUAAAUUAUAAACA